AUGCCUCGUGUCGUCCCAAGGAAAUCGUUUAAAAGUGUGUGUGUCGAUACCGUCCUCUUCUUUGCUAUGUUCGCUUUAGUUGGUCAUUUAAGCAUAAACUUUUGGGAGAAAUAUACCAUACAAAAUGAACUAACGAUAAUGAAACAAAGUUUGAACUCGCUGAAGGACACGAUCACAAACAUUGGCAAGGCGUACGAUAAUCUCUACUCUGAACUGAGAGAAUUGUUUAUAAUGGUUGACCAAAGCCAUCAAUGUUUAGAACAGAAGAAACCAGAUGCAAGAUGUAAGAGCAUAUAUAAUUUAAGUCAUCCUAAAGGACUACAGGAUCUCGAAGUUCAAACUGUUUUAACACCGGGAAAUCAAACGAAUGCCGCUGUAGGAAUCGCAACGAACUGUAGUAAACAAAUUGAAACAGAUAGCUAUGAACACAAGGCCACGGGACCCUUGGGUAAAAACGUCACGACUAAUACAAUAACUCCAGUAGACACGGGAACCACACCAGAUAAUCAAUCUCCAAUCGAUCAAAUCACCCAAAUUAUUCCUACCCAGAAUCGCCAUACAUGUUACAAAGAUCUAGAACAUUGCAGACAAGCUUGUCGACAAUCUAAGCUAGAAUUUUAUAAAUGCAAUCAGUCAUCUGUAAUGAACCCCAUUAGCCAACUAGGAUAA